CAAUUCACCAUUACGAACAAGAACAGCCAAUUGCAAAAUAUCAUCAACUACUACCUCUUUGCAUUCAUCAAACAACUAAACUCAAAAUGUUCGCCCAGGCCCUCGUCAAGACAACCCUCCUCGCCGCAGUGGCAACGGCAGCCAGUCUCCCCGUCAGACAAACAACACCCACCUUCCGCCUCGCAGCCAACGUAACCAACUUCGACCUCACGCCCUCCAUCCAGGGCCAAGAGCUCACCUACACCCCAACCCCAGACUGCGCAGCCAACGUCGUCUUCGGGCCAGCCGGCCAGGGUGCCGAGUUCUACGCCAGCGGCAGCACCGUCAACGUCGCGCACCUCUCUGCUGAAGACUCCUCUCCUUCAGCCGGGUUCAUCGUCACACCCGGCGGCACGGCGACGGUGCCGAGCUUGAACACCGUCCAGCUGCAGCGCGGGGCUGGGACAUCCGGUGUCGAGGUCGUCGAUGGGAGUCUGCAGUUUGAGGAUGGGUUCUGGAUGGCGUGUCCUAGGAACGGCAGCGUUGUGCUGAGUUUCAAGAAGGCUGGGCAGAGGACCCUUCUUGGGUGUGCUGAUGUUCAGCUUCUUAGCGUUUAGAAAUACUCGAAAGGCUUGGAGAUGGACUGACUGCAUUGAGUCACGGGUAAUACAUGGCGGGUAUGGCAAAGAGGACAUGGUAUUCAUAAUGUUUGGGUAAUCUUCAUCGCAUUGGUGUAUAUAGACAGGCUGCAUUGACAUCAGGGCUAUACACGAG